AACACGCUCACAACACAAGUAGCGUGCCUUUAUUUGUUUCCCACUUAUCGUGAACAAAACCCCCUGCACCAAGCUGUCUCUGUGAGCUAUGACCCCUGCUGUGGAGUUUACUUCUCAAGAGACCCAUGAGGAGAGCAAUAACCAACGGCUAGAUGUUAAUUUCAUUCACCAGCUGGAUCUAACGGCUGGCAAUUUGUCGCUUCCUAACGAAAUUUUCCUCAAAGCAGCCAUUUCUCUCAAGGACCAGGUGGUGGAGAUGACGUGGGAAGGACGUUGCGGUACUAGUGCGGGUACGCGUAAGAUGGUUGACCCGACAGUUUAUUCGGGUUUACUUGGUACGGCUUUCACCUGCUUGCGGUCGUAUGAGGUUACCGGUAACCAGCAAGACUUGUUGUUAUGCUACGAGAUCGUUGACGCGUGUGUCGCUGCCGCACCUGCAUCUUCAAGGCAUGUUACCUUCUUAUGUGGUAGAGGUGGAAUAUAUGCUCUUGGAGCUGUGGUUGCUAAUCACAAAGGAGACCAACAAGGUUGCGACCUGUUUUUGAACCUUUUCCUUGAGGUAGCGCAAGAGAGAGCCCUCACAAUCGGACCUGAGGAAGGUGGUUUCGGAAUGUCAUAUGACCUUAUGUAUGGACGAGCUGGGUUUUUAUGGGCUGCUUUGUUUAUAAAUAAUCAUCUUGGAGAAGGGACAUUGCCAAAUGAUCUUCUUCUGCCUGUUGUUGAUGCUGUAUUAGCUGGGGGCAGGGCAGGAGCAUCUGAUAAUCCAGCCUGCCCCUUGAUGUACAGAUGGCAAGGGACAAGGUAUUGGGGUGCAGCCAAUGGCCUUGCUGGAAUCUUGCAAGUGCUACUUCACUUUCCUCUCUCCAAAGAGGAUGCUGAGGAUGUUAAGGGGACUUUAAGGUACAUGACGAAUAACAGGUUCCUUCAUAGUGGAAAUUACCCAUCAAGUGAAGGAAACCCAAGGGACAAAUUAGUGCAGUGGUCUCAUGGUGCAACUGGCAUGGUCAUCACCCUGUGCAAGGCCUCACAGGUUUUUCAAAAUGAUAGAGAAUUUCGUGAUGCUGCUAUAGAAGCAGGGGAAGUUGUGUGGAAGAGUGGGUUAGUGAAGAAGGUGGGACUUGCUGAUGGUGUAGCUGGAAAUGCAUAUGCUUUCCUUUCCCUUUACCGUCUUACAGGAGAUAGCAUAUAUGUAGAGCGAGCAAAGGCAUUUGCGAGCUUCUUGUAUCACAAUGCAAGUAAAUUUGUGGCUGGAGGAAAUUUCGGCGGAGCUGAUCAUACUUACUCUCUUUUUCAAGGACUGGCUGGAACAGCUUGCCUCUGGUUAGAUCUUGCAACUGAAAGGUCCAGGUUCCCUGGUUUUGAACUUUAGGUGAGAGGUGAACAUGUUCAGUUGAAAUCUAUAUUUAUCAGCAUGAAAUGUAAACCUAACAUGUAUAUACAUGUAUAAAAGAUAUCUAAUUCACAUAUGACGGGACCUUGAAUGCAUAUUUCCGAGGGUUGAUU